GCACCGGCUUGGCGUCGUCUCGGUGGCUGCCAGCGGGCAACGGCCCGGCCUGGCCGUGAGCUGCUCGUUGGACUCGACGUUGCGUUUCUGGGACACUUUCAAAGGAGAGAAACUAGGUUUGGGUGACCUCAAGGCUGGAAUGGGGGAGGCGUGGACGGUGGCAUGGUCGUCUACAUCGCCCUUGGUGGCUUCUGGGACGCAACGGGGAUGCGUCAAUUUGUGGGACGUAGGGGGUUUGGAAAAGGACGGCGUGGCGGUGCUGCCCUCGGCGCCUUCCAUGACCUUACGCACGCAGGCUCCCAAGGGCGGUGGGAAGGAGGGCGGGAAGGAGGGCGGGAGGCAG